AUGACCGAGCGCCGCAUCGACCCGGAGGACGGAGUCGCGUACACGUGGGAGGAGUUCUCGGAAUACUACGCCGGGAAGUACAAGAAGAAGGUCAUUGCCUCCUACUGGGAGGAGUGCGAAAUCAAGAAGGGUAAGAAGAAGGCGAAGGCGCCCGCGGCCCCAGCACCAAAGCCCAAGGCGAAGGCCAAGGUGAAGGCCGAGAAGAAGGCGGAGCCUCCAGCGCCAAAGGCCAAAGCCAAGGCGAAGGUGAAGGCCAAGGCUAAGGCCAAGGAUGCUCCGGAGGCAAAGUCUGCCGGCAACUUCAAGGUGUGCGUCUGUGGCGGCUCCGGUGGAAUUGGACAGCCGCUUUCGAUGCUUAUGGCCCUCGACCCCAAUGUCAAGGAGCUGUGCAUCUUCGACGUCAGCGUUGCCAUGGUGCCACCUGCGGGCGUCGCAGCGGACCUGGGCCACUUGGAGAGGAAGAGCGAAGUGAAAGGCUAUGUCAUGGAGGUCGGCUCGAAACCGAUCGACAACCUCAAGGAGUGCCUCGAGGGCUGCCACCUGGUCCUCGUCCCGGCUGGCAUGCCCAGGAAGCCUGGAAUGACCCGCGAUGACCUCUUCAAGGUGAACGCGGACAUUGCCAAAGGCAUUGUGGAAGCUUGCGCAAAGUACUGUCCGGAUGCCAUGUUGGGAAUGGUCGUCAACCCGGUGAACUCGAUCGUGCCUGCUAUGGCCGAGCUGUACAAGAAGAAAGGCUUGGAUCCGCUGAAGAUCGUGGGCAUCACGACCCUGGACGUGGUGAGGGCCAACAAGUUCGUUGGCGAGAUCACGGGGAAGAAUCCCAACUACAUCAGCGUGCCCGUGGUCGGCGGCCAUGCUGGCGUCACGAUCCUCCCUCUCUUCUCGCAGGACAAGGUCUGGCUCGCCGGCCUUGCUCUGACCUUCACGCCUGGGCCCUCGAGCGGGUCUCCACAGAGCCCGCGCACCCUUCGCCAUGCCGAGCGCAGCGUUGUGAGCGGCAUCCAGGGUGAGGAGAAGUUCGAUGGUAUCCUUGAUGAGAUUGCCGCCGCGGCCGAAGCGGAGGAUGAGGCGAGAGGGCCUGAAGAAGAGCCGGAGGAAGACAGCUGGGCUUGGAUCAAGGAAUCCUUCGGUUGGCUCUUGGUCGUCGACGUCUUUACCCUGAUCGCGCUGUCAGGUUGGCUCGUCGCGGGGUUUACAGUCAAAUCGCUGCUCAACUACACGCCCCUCCUAGAUGCCUUCUUGGACCUUUGGGACCCCUGGAUUCAGAGCCUCCUGGGCAUCUUCUUUGCCGCGCGCUUGUCCGCGAGCGUCUUCCAAUGGCUCAUGAACGGUUCCAGAGGUUCUCACCUGGAAGAUCCUGCCGGAGCCCGAAAGAACUUCAAGAGGCUAAACGCCUUCUCCCUGCCCGGCAGCCACGGUUUAGAGCUUGGCUUUUGUUCCUCUCCGCCCAGCUAUGCCUUCUGUUUCCUGGUGAGAUGCAACUUGCGCUUCGAGGUUUGGGGACAGCCACAAAGGGCAGCUUUUCCGUCCGAAGAGCCCACUACCAAGUUUAUGUCUCCCAACGGCCUGCAAAAGCUAAGCUACCCAGAGGUGGCUAAGACCAUCGAGGCCGGCAAGAUUCCGGACCUGGACAAGCAUGUGCAGGAUGCGGGGACCGAUGUCGUGAACGCCAAGGCAGGCAAGGGCAGUGCCACGCUGUCCAUGGCCUACGCAGGCGCCCGCCUGGGCAAGUCGAUCCUGGCCGGCCUGAUGGGGAAGAAGCGCACGGAGUGCGCCUACGUGAAGUCCGACAUCACAGAUCUGCCGUACUUCGCCUCCAAGGUCCAGUUUGGCGAGAAGGGAGUCACCAAGGUGUUUCCUCUGGGCGAGCUGAACGAGUAUGAGAAGACGCGAUUAGAGGAGGCAAGCACUCAGCGUACACCAACCCCUGCACAGUCCCCCUCCCGGUGCACGGAGAUGCCGGUCAGCCAGUCGGCAGUAGACAACUUGCGUCGCGACAUGGAUCGCCUAACCCAGCCAUUCAGGGCAGUGCUGAUCGGCUUUAUGAUGCUGAAAGAUCUCUAUCUGGCUCUGAAAGAGCAGCGUAAGCUGACCGACUUCCCGAAGCAAGCCAUCCCUCUGCUCCUGACCACUCUCAAGGAUCAGCUUCCUGCCGCACAAUGGUGCGCUCCCCAGUUGUCGCCCGCGGCAGCUGGAGUUAGAACCGAAAUGCAAGGCUCCCUGGAACAGGCUCUAGGACGUGAGGGAGCGGAGAGCCUCACCUCGAUCGUAGUCGGCACCCGCCCUCCUGCCUUGCAAAUCGAAGAGUGCCUGCUCCCCGAGACAGUUGUAGUCUUAUACCCACAAGGUGACGAGGGCUCCGGAAACUUCCUGUUAAGAAUCAAGCCUGAGUUAUCAGGUCUGACAGCUUCGCACAUCCUCAGUAAUGCGGCAGGACCACUUCUACGAGAAGUGGUCAUCGGUUCUGCAAUCGAUCUGAUGAUCUCGUCAGAUACGGGUCGACAUGGCCUUUAUCAGCAAGUGAUGGAGAAGGGCGAACAUUGGUGUCAGAAGUCCAUCCUGGCCGUCGCUGCAGGUGCGGCGGCCAUGGCCUCCACGGCACUUUGGCAGAAGACAGUGACGAAGCGAGUAGGCCGCAGCCAGGACCCCUAG